AUGGGUUCAGGUGCGAGUUCUCGAAGUGACGCGCAGGUGGGCGCAUUGACUAGUGUGCAGCCUGAGGAACCCAGACUACCAAGGAAGAAGUGCAAGAUCAAAUGGGACAGGAAUGAUAUGAGAAACAGGAAGAAAGAGGCGGCCCAGUCGACGGCCAAGAAGAUGUCACUGUCAGAGAGCCACAUGCCCAGCAUUGCUUCCAACGACUCCAUGCAUAGUCUUAGUCAACUGGGCACCAUCCGUGAAGAAUUGGAUGGCGAACUAGCUCUUGGGGCUGAGACUGAUCUUCCACAUUGUCCCCAACAUGAUUUGGAGUGA